AUGCCUUUCUCCACUACCAUCGCCCGGCCACUGCAGCUGCUCACCCGCGUGAUGCAGUGGACCAGCGCUGUCAUUGUCAUGGGAUUGACCUCGUUCUUCAUUAGUCGGGGACCACACGGUCAGCAUAUCAUUUACCAGGAAGUGAUUGCGGUUCUAUCUGUCGUUUUUUUCCUGCCAGCCUUCAUCUCGCCCUUCCUGCCCAAGGUGCUGAGCAAGUUCGUUCUGGCGAUUGAUGUGAUCUUCUCCUACCUCUGGUUGACAGCCUUCAUCUUCGCCGCCCAGGACUACAGCUGGCACGCCUGUUUCUUCAACGCACCUCCCGGCGUGACAUGCAGCCGCAAGAAGGCUAACGAAGCAUUCAUCUUCCUGGCGUUCAUCUUCACCUUCCUCGGCAUGUUCCUCGAGGUCGCCUCUCUCUGGGCCUACCGCAAGGAAAAUACGCCCCAGAACGAGCACGAGAAGAACGGUGGUGCUGCCCGUCCCCCGCUGGAUGCCCCUGCCGGAGCUCCCGCCCCGGCGCCUGCUGGGACUGUUUAA